GGUGUGAGAGGUCGCUGCGCCCGCCGGCUUUGCUUCCCUCUUCCUCCAGCGUUCGCUCUCUCUUUUUGGAUCUCCACUGCAAUGGCGGAGCAGCAGCAGUUCUAUCUCUUGUUGGGCAACCUGAUGAGCCCUGACAACAAUGUCAGGAAGCAGUCUGAGGAAACCUAUGAAAACAUCUCUGGCCCGACGAAGAUUACAUUCCUGCUUCAAGCAAUCAGGGAUGCCUCUGCUGCUGAGGAGGUCAGGCAAAUGGCGGCAGUCCUGCUUCGGCGACUGCUGUCCUCUGCCUUCGAUGAGGUCUACCCCACCCUAUUGGCGGACAUGCAGACCGCCAUCAAGACGGAGCUCUUAAUGGGCAUCCAGAUGGAAGGCUCACCAAACAUUCGCAAAAAGGUCUGCGAUAUUGCCGCUGAGCUGGCCCGCAACCUGAUCGAUGAUGAUGGAAACAAUCAAUGGCCUGAGGUUUUGAAGUUCCUCUUUGAUUCUGUUAAUUCUCAGAAUGUGGGGUUGCGUGAGUCAGCACUGCAUAUCUUCUGGAAUUUCCCUGGGAUAUUUGGAAAUCAGCAGCAGCACUACCUGGAGGUGAUCAAGCGCAUGCUGGUCCAGUGCAUGCAGGAUCAGGAGCACCCAUCGAUCCGGACUCUGUCCGCCCGGGCAGCAGCAUCCUUUGUGCUGUCUAAUGAGAGCAACACCGCAAUCCUGAAGCACUUUGCUGACCUACUUCCAGGGAUCUUGCAGGUGAGUGCAGUGCAGUGCAGUCAAGUUUACAUCUGUAGGCAUUCCUUUGAGCACCUUAGUUUGACAUUUCUUAAUUCUCCCCAGCUGUGCGCAGACACCAAUCUGACAAACAUGCAGCGGCAGCUCGCUCUGGAAGUCAUAGUCACGCUCUCGGAGACCGCUUCAGCGAUGCUGAGGAAGCACAGCAACAUAGUGUCGCAGAGCAUUCCCCAGAUGCUGGCAAUGAUGGUGGAUCUGGACGAGGAUGCGGAGUGGGCCAUGGCAGAUGAGCUGGAGGAUGAUGAUUUUGACAGCAAUGCGGUUGCUGGGGAGAGUGCCCUGGACAGAAUAGCCUGUGGUUUGGGAGGGAAGGUUGUUCUGCCAAUGAUCAAACAACAUAUCAUGCAGAUGCUGCAAAACCCCGAUUGGAAGUACCGUCACGCUGGACUGAUGGCUCUCUCAGCUAUUGGAGAAGGCUGCCACCAGCAGAUGGAAGCAAUCCUGAAUGAAAUAGUCAGCUUUGUCUUGCUUUUCUGCCAGGAUCCUCAUCCCAGAGUGAGGUAUGCCGCUUGCAAUGCGAUUGGUCAGAUGGCCACAGACUUCGCCCCCACCUUCCAGAAGAAGUUCCAUGACAAGGUCAUCUCUGCACUGCUGCAGACUAUGGAAGACCAGAGCAAUCCCCGUGUUCAGGCCCAUGCUGCAGCUGCAUUGAUAAACUUCACAGAGGACUGCCCCAAAGCCCUGCUCAUCCCCUACCUGGAAAACCUCGUCCAGCAUCUGCACACCAUUAUGGUGACUAAACUGCAGGAAUUGAUCCAGAAGGGCACCAAGCUGGUGCUGGAGCAGGUGGUUACCUCUAUCGCAUCUGUGGCGGACACCACGGAGGAGAAGUUCGUGCCCUUUUACGACCUCUUCAUGCCAUCCCUGAAGCACAUUGUGGAGAACGCAGUGCAGAAGGAGCUGCGGCUCCUCCGAGGGAAGACCAUCGAGUGCAUCAGCCUGAUCGGGCUCGCUGUGGGGAAGGACAAGUUCAUGCCAGAUGCCUCAGAUGUGAUGCAGCUGCUCCUAAAGACUCAGACUGACUUCAAUGACUUGGAUGAUGAUGAUCCCCAGAUAUCUUACAUGAUCUCUGCUUGGGCAAGAAUGUGCAAGAUCCUCGGCAAAGAAUUCCAGCAGUACCUCCCUGUUGUAAUGGGGCCCCUCAUGAAGACUGCUUCCAUUAAGCCAGAGGUUGCCCUUCUAGACACCCAGGAUAUGGAGAACAUGUGUGAGGAUGAUGGGUGGGAGUUUGUCAACCUGGGAGAUCAGCAGAGCUUUGGAAUCAAGACAGCCGGGCUGGAGGAGAAAGCCACUGCCUGCCAAAUGUUGGUUUGCUAUGCCAAAGAACUGAAGGAGGGAUUUGUUGAAUACACAGAGCAAGUUGUGAAGCUCAUGGUUCCUCUGCUUAAAUUCUAUUUUCAUGACGGUGUGCGUGUCGCAGCAGCAGAAUCAAUGCCUCUGCUGCUGGAGUGUGCCCGGGUACGAGGACCCGAAUACCUGACCCAGAUGUGGCACUUCAUGUGCGACGCCCUAAUCAAGGCCAUCGGCACUGAGCCAGAUUCUGACGUGCUGUCAGAAAUAAUGCAUUCUUUCGCAAAGUGUAUUGAACUGAUGGGUGAUGGGUGUCUAAACAAUGAGCAUUUUGAGGAGCUGGGUGGCAUCCUGAAGGGUAAACUGGAGGAGCACUUUAAAAACCAGGAGUUAAGACAAGCCAAACGGCAGGAUGAAGAUUAUGAUGAACAGGUGGAGGAAACAUUACAGGAUGAGGAUGAAAACGACGUUUACAUACUGACGAAAGUCUCGGAUAUUUUGCACUCAAUUUUCAGCAGCUACAAAGAAAAAGUGCUGCCCUGGUUUGAACAGCUGUUACAGCUCAUAGUCAACCUUAUUUGUCCACACAGACCAUGGCCAGACAGGCAGUGGGGGCUGUGCAUAUUUGAUGAUGUGAUUGAGCACUGCAGCCCAUCCUCCUUCAAAUACGCCGAGUACUUUCUGCGCCCCAUGUUGCAGUCUCUGUGUGACGGCAGCCCUGAGGUCAGGCAAGCUGCCGCCUAUGGGGUUGGUGUAAUGGCACAGUGUGGUGGAGAGAACUACAGACCAUUCUGUACAGAGGCCAUUCCUCUUCUGGUAGGAGUGAUCCAGGCUGCAGACUCCAGAGUCAAAGAGAAUGUCAAUGCCACAGAGAACUGCAUCUCUGCAGUGGGCAAGGUAAUGAAGUACCGACCUGAAUGUGUAAAUGUGAAUGAGGUCCUGCCUCACUGGCUGUCCUGGCUGCCUUUGAAUGAAGACAAGGAGGAAGCUGUCCACACCUUCAAUUUCCUGUGUGACCUUAUCGAAAGUAAUAACCCUAUUGUGCUUGGACCGGACAAUUCAAAUCUACCCAGGAUAUUCUUAAUAAUAGCAGAUGGUGUUGUCAACGAAUCAGUUAAACAUGAGGAUGGGUGUAGCAAACGGCUGGCUAAUGUUAUUCGUCAAGUACAGGUCUCGGGGGGGCUAUGGACAGAAUGUGUAUCAACACUGAAUGAGACGCAGCAGAAGGCAAUACAGGACCUGCUGAACACUGCUUGAAGGCCUUAAUGUUGCAAACAUAGCUCCAGAUAAUCCUGUCCCUUUUUAAGCAGAUGAAGAAAAAAAAAAAUCAAACUGUAGCAUGUCUGGAUCUCUUCUGCAGACCAAACAGCAUUCCCAGAGCAGCUGUGUGGUACCGAUCUCUGUGUGUGAGUGAGUUCCCGUUUACUGAGGAGAACCAGGAUACAACCAUCCUAAAGUACUGACACUUAGAGUAUUUUUCUAUCAGAACAUCCUCCUAAUCUCGGCGAAAGGGAAAGCUUGGAAGACCACUUUAUGGUUAGGUAUAACAAAUUUCUGGUAUUAAACUUCCAAAUCAGUUACUCCAAAGUAGGUGUGCAUUGUAACAAUAUAAGCAUUUCUAUUCAUCUAGUGUUAACUGUACUAAUAGGAGUGAGAUAUUAUGGUAGCCAAAUGUCCUUUACCCAGUGUCACAGCAGACUUGGGUGGUAAGGGCCUAGCAAGAAUGUCACUGUUUGUUUUAUAUAGACCAGCCUGAAAUUGCUCACUGAAUGAUUUGCUCCUGGUGUGGAAAGCUGAGUGCCAGCUUACAGGAAGUGCUCUUUUAACAUGUGAAAGUCUUUGGCAUGUCUGGCAGUACCUCAUUCAUUCUUCCAUUGAAUAAACAGUGAUGGAAAACAAGA